UUAGCGCCACGUCACCAUGUUUACCCGGAAAUGUGAGCUUUUCAACACGGCCGCUGUAGAAAUAUGGAUUUUAUCACAAAUUCGUCCCGUUUUAUGCCGUUCAUGGAAUAACGUAAACAAUUUUUACAGAACGUUUAUCAUCAUGUACAGCGGUCUUUUGCCUAAGGGUUUAACAGAAGAAGACCUCAGCCCGGAUGACCAGGAAGAGGAGCGUGAGCAUGAAGUCGGGGAAGAAUACACAGAAAACCAGGUCUUCAAGACUCCGACUGUUAUCGACGCUACAAAUGCACCCGGGACAUGCAACCUGCCUGGUAUAUCCCAGGAGACGUGGCAAAAAUUUAAUGAACUGCGAAAGAAGAAAGAGGAGACGAAGAUGACGAAAAUCCCGACGAAAAGAAGAAGAAAAAGACGACCAUGCAAGAAAGCAACAGAAGGUGAAAUGCCAACAGAGACAAGCCUUGUGCGCCAGGAAGAGUUGGAGAACCACUGGAAUGGGCUCAAGCAAUAUUUUGGUGUAAAUGAUCGAUUUCAUCCCCCUGCAUGUUCCAGCACCUCUCCAAAGUCCGGCCUAGAAAAGAGCAUUGAGAGGGCCAUAGCUGAAGGGGACACUGCAAAGGCGGAGGAGAUGAGCGACAGACUCGCCACUCGAGAGCUGGCUGUGAAAAUCGCCGAAGCCACUGAUUGCCGUGACUUUGUGCGGCGCAAACGGGAAGAGGACGCUUUGAGGGCAGCAAAGAAAAGGAAGAAGCAAAUAGCUUGGGGGUUUGAGGCAAAAAAACGCUGGGAAACCAAAAGCAACAUGGGCUACAUGUGACCAAGAUGGAAGGGAGGAUGUUUAUUUUUUUUUUAAUAUUAAUUGAAUAAAACUCUGUUUCUUAUGGCAAACUGAUAUGGUUUAGUUUUAUAUUUUUGCGCGUUUAAAAGAAUUAACACCCGCACGAGUGUGUGUUGGCUGAGGGCGGAAUAGAAAAUCCAUCUAAAAGCGGGAAAAAAAAUGGCACAUUCAAAUUAAUUCCCUAGGCGUCCAUUGGAGUCUGCAUUGUGUUAGUUUUCCAUUACAUUUCAGUGAUUUGAGCGUUCUGGCCUUCAAAUUAAAUCUGCUGUACAUUACUGGAUGAUGCGUUUAUUUAUUGCUGUAAAGUGGGUUAAUCAUGAAGGCGCUCCUUUCUUCUCCUGGGGAAGAGAAAGGAAAGAUUAGGCCCCUAAUGCAAUGUACAGGAUAAUGUGCGAUAGGAUUUGUGUGAAGAAAAUGAAAUUUGCCUGCUGUAAAUUGUUGUUAGGGAACAUAAACUGGAAGUUCAGAGAGUGGCUGAGUAAGGGGGGUGCACAAGAGACAUGAUGAAACAGAGGCUUUGCUGUUGGCCGUCUCCCAUGCUGGGAGACAUACUAUUGUUUCUGCGUAUGAACAACAGGCGCGCAUUUCUUGAAGCCUCCACUCGGCCCGCUUUGUGUGAUGAGCGCUUUUCAGUAUGUUAACUAGUCUAAAACUGUGACUUUGAUCUUUUUUCCCUGCUUUUGCAUAUGAAGCUGCUUUUAAAUGAUCAUUCUGAUUCUUGCCACUGUUAAUUCUAAAUGAUUAUUUGUAUUCAUAGCGCUUAUGUAGGUAUUUUUCCAACUGGCAAAUAAUUGCUUGCUUUAAGGUAACGAAAAUUAUAAUUAAUUCACGUAUGUUAUUAUUGGUACUGAACAUACUUGGCUAUUGUGUCCUUUAUCACAAAAUGUAAAGAGCUGCGUUUGCUGAAUCAGUAUGCGAGAGAAAAAAAAGCAUCAGCAGUUCAAGUUUGUGGCCAUUUAUGUUGAUGCAGUGGGUACGGAAAAUUUUCAGAUCCCCUUAAAUUUUUCACUCUUUUUUUUUUUAUAUUGCAGCCAUUUGCUAAAAUCAUUUUUUUCCUCAUAAAUUAACCCAGACCACCCCAUAUUGAGUUAAAAACAGAAUAGUUUAAAUUUUCAUAGAUUUAUUAAAGAAAGAAAAACUAAAAUAUCACACACUCAUAAUUAUUCUUAACCUUUGCUCAGUAUCUAGCAAAAGCUCCAUUAUGAGCUAAUACAGUCACAAGUCCCCUUGGGAAUGAUGACUGGAAUGUGAACGCUGAUGGACAGCCAUUUUGAGGUCUCUCCAAAGAUGCUCAAUUGGGUUUAAGUCAGGGCUCUGGCUCGGCCAUUGAAGAACAGUCAUGGAGUUGUUCUGAAGCCACUCCUUUGGUAUUUUAGCUGUUCUUAGUGUCAUUGUCUUGUUGAAAGGAGAACAUUUGUCCCAGUUUUAGGUCCUGAGCACUCUGGAGAAGGUUUUCAUCAAGGAUAUCACUGUACUUGGUCCCAUUCAUCUUUCCUUCUGUUGCAACCAGUGGUCCUGUCCCUGCAGCUGAAAAACAUCCCCACAGGAUGAUGCUGCCACUACCAUACUGUGGCUGUGACGGUGACUGUUGGGACUGUAUGAGACAGGUGAUGAGCAGUGCCUGGUUUUCUCCACACAUACCGCUUAUAAUUCAGGCCAAAAAGUUCUGUCUUGGUCCCAUCAGACCAGAUAAUAUUGCUCACGUUUUUGAGAUCCUACAAGUGUUUUCCAUGUGUGUUUUCAUGUGACUUGCACUGAGAAGAGGCUUCCAUCGGGGCCCCUCUGCCCUAAAGCCCCAACUGGUGGAGGGCUGCAGUGAUGGUUGACUUUCUAGAACUUUCUCCCAUCUCCCAGCUCCAUCUCUGGAGCUCACCUACAGUGAUCUUUGGGUUCAGCUUUACCAUUCUCACCAAGGCUCUUCUCCCCCAAUUUCUUAAUUCAAUCAGAUGGCCAGCUCUAGCAAGAGUUCUUGUCGUCCCAAACGUCUUCUGUUGAAGCAUUAUGUAGGCCAGUGUUACAAACACUUGUUUGGAACAUCCCACAGGUGAACAGGCUAAUUGGGAACAGGUGGGUGCCAAGAUUGGCGAUAAAAGGAGCUUCUCUGAAUUGCUCACAAGCAACAAUUGGGUGAGGUUCACUUCUUUGUACAGUACAUGAGGAGAUUUUGAAAUAAAAAAAAUACAUCGAAUCUUCUCAAAUGCAUUUUUUUUUUAUCUUCUAACACAAAAUAAGAUAAACAAGGUCCCUGGUGUAAAACUGGUCUGUGCAAAACUACUAAUAAAACUGGCAACACUGCUAACUUUCACUCAUUAAUUUACACUCUAAAUUGCCCAUAGGGGAGAUUGUGAGUGUGGCUGUUUAUGUGCCCUGCGAUUGGCUGGCAACCAGUUCAGGGUGUACCCUGCCUCCUCCCCAUUGACAGCUGGGAUAGGCUCCAGCACUCCCCGUGACCUUUGUGAGGAUAAGCAGCAAAGAAAAUGGAUGAAUCAAACGAAGAGUUAAAAAUUGAAGGUGGUAUGAAUACUUUUCAAACCCUCUGUACUUCAGGUAUCAAGAACAGAAUUAUCCACAAACGAUUCAAACGUCCAUGUGAAUCUCAUCAAUUUUAAUGUCUGCAUGUGAUGCUGUAAAUUGCUUAGAAUGUGUGCUAAUUAAAC